AAGCCCUGGGAUGGCCCUAAGCCAAGCCCUCUUAGCAAUGGAAGGGGAUAAAGUUCCUCAGCAAUAGAGAGCCUCCUCUCUCUCUCCCUCUCCCUCUGGUGUGCUGAACUUUGCCUUUAAGCUUGCAUGGCUGCAUCUCUGCUGGGAUCCUCUGAUCAGAUUAGGAAAGUCGCAGGAACAGCUACAGCUGCAGCAGCAGUUGCUGAGUGCACUUGCCUCCCAGCCCCAUGGACAAUUAGCUCUUAGGGCAACUUUAAAUAAAGUAGGAGAGAAAGAGAGAAAAGGGGUAGUGGAUACUAUUAUAAACUCCUAAGGAGAGUGGCGCUUUAACAGGAUAAUUAUCUACCUGCUGCUGAGGACAAACUGUUCAGUGCAUCUGCUACUAUCUCAGGAGACUUGAUUGGAGAAGGUUAGCUGCAUCUUGCCAGGAAGCCUAAUCUUGACCCUUGUGCUGCCUCUGAGCAUUCAUGUUAAUGCCAGUAAGCAGCCUAAAUGCAAGCUCCAAGUCUAUCAGCAUCUUGAGGCUGGUGAAGGCUGAGAGAGAGGGAGAUGGCAAAUAAUAGUUCCCUGAUGAGCCAGGACUCCUUCGCUUAUGAUGACUUCUCCAGCAAUGACUGGUACAUAUACGAGCCCAUUGACUCCUCGGGGCCGCAAGACAAUAAGCUUGCUAGUGCUGUCGCAGACUGCAGUCCUACCAUCCCUUCCAGCCUGUACCACAUCUGCAUGGCUCCCAUAUCGCUGGCUGUAUUAAUAGGCCUAUCCUUUCUGGUGAAACGAAAGAAGCUUUGUAAAGGCUGUUGGAGUGGAGCACCUGGACUGCUGAGCCCUGUGAAUCUCUUGGAGGAAGAGGGAAACCAAGGGCUGGUGGUUGCGGUGUUUGGAAUCCUCUUCUCCUCUCUCUGUGUGCUGGUGUUGGAUAAGGACCCCCUGCCUUUCAUCCCCGACUCCUCUCAGCACAAUCGAGAGUACUGGAAGAUCAUGGCUUUGCUCUAUUACCCUGCCUUCUACUAUCCUUUAAUUGCAUGUGCCACAGUCCGGCACAGAGCUGGGUACCUCAUGGGCUGCUUGCUCUCCUGGUGCCACUGUGUGGUCCAUAUUUGGCAGAAAGUGGAUUGCCCUCAGUCAUCCAAGAUCUACAGGUAUUAUUCCCUGCUGUCUUAUGUCCCUGUUAUCUUCUGCCUUGUGGUCCUGAGCCUUUGGUAUCCAAUGCUGCUCAUCAGAAGUUUUGCAAAGGAGAGAAAUGCUGCUACAGAGCUGGCAGGGAGUGGCUAUUAUAAGAGAUACCUGAAGAAUAUCUUGGCCAAAAAACCGCAAAGGAAAAGCUCUGAUAAAGUCAAAGCAAGUCUCCUGUCAAAGGUCCAGGCAUAUUUGUACUCUUAUAUGUAUACUCCCCAGGAAGGUUUCCAGAUCCCACUGAAGCUGGUUCUCUCUGUUACCAUGGCUGUCAUUGCUGUUUAUCAGGUGGCUGUGCUGCUCCUGGUGACCUUCAUCCCUACCAUUCAGAUAGUGAGGGCUGGCAUGACAAAGGAUGUCACUGUUCUGCUGGUUCAGUUUGGUGUUGUCCCCUCAGAGAAUGCAGGUGGCAUCCCAGGAGACAUGGAGAAGGAGCUGGAGACUAUCAAACAUUACCUCUGGUCGCUGGAGGUGUGCUAUGUCUGCUCCUUGGUGAUCUGCUUCCUGCUGACUUGUGCCAUGCUGAUGAGAUCCCUGGUGAUGCACAGGAACAAUCUGAAGGCUCUGUACCGAGGGGCUGUCUUGGAUGUCUUCUAUCCCGCCCAGGCGCUCCGCCCUUCUCAACAGGCCGUCUUCUGCUGGAUGAGCUUUGCCAGCUUCCAGGCUGCAUUUGCCUGCUUGGGUCUCAUCCUUCAGCAAGUGAUCUUCUUCAUCUGCACUGCGGGAUUCACUUUCCUUGUUGUCCUUCCUCUGCAGUCUGGUACACACAUGCAUCUUUUUAAGAUCCUGCAAAAUAUGUGGCCCUUCUGUCUGAUGCUGGUGGUUGCUGUCAUUGUGCAGAACCUGGCUGCUCACUUUUGCUUCCUUGAAAAAUGCCACCUGCAGAAGGAGCUGACCAACAGGCGAGCCCUCUACAUCUUGACCUACCUGCUCUUCCCAAUCAAUGUCCUGGCAGGAAUCAUGGCUGGAAUUUGGAGAAUGGUCAUUUCAGUGCUUUACAACGCCAUCCACUUCUGCCAGCUGGACAUCAGCCUACUGAACCGGGCCAUUGAAGUCUUUGAUCCUGGCUACCGCACUUACUGUCAUUACUUGAAAAUUGAGGUCAGCCAAUCGCACCCGGUGAUGAAAGCCUUUUGCUUCCUACUCCUCCAAUUACGCAGCCCCAAAGGGCAGACUAGAAUUGAACCAACUGAUGUGGAAGAAGGGAUCCAGCUGAUACACACCAAGAAGGUGACGCCAAGGCAGUCCCAAUCCAAGCAGACCCGAGCCCGAUGGUGGCUGGCUUACACCCUCCUCAACAACCCAUCACUGUCAGCGUGCCGAAAGGCUGUUCUUUCUGAUCCCACCGCCAACGGGACCAAGAUGAGUCCUGUGACGCUCUGAAUUGCAGAGCGAGCCACCCCUCAUAUUUGGACUUUGUUCCUCUGAGAAGGAACCUUAGCCUUCAGUCUUCACUUUCCGCCCUCUCUCCUCCUAUCUUCGUGUGACCCACUGCUCUGCAGCAGUGACCUCAGAUCUCUUUAGUUGUAGACUAAGACUGAACUACAACCACUUGGCUUCCUCUGAGAUGAGAAGUUUUUGCCAAAGGGCCGCAUGGAGCUGAUGUGGACAAGUUACCUGCAGUUUUUAAAGCCAGUCUGAAUAUUUGCCCCUCACAGUAUACAUAGGAAGAGGCUUAGAGCCCUCUUGGAGCCUUUCGGGGUUGAGAGGAGUGAGUGUGCUGGGCCUUGGCAUUUUUAUCCUGACUUCAGUCUUCUGGGCACUGUUGUAUCUCUGUUACUGGGAGGAGGGGCUACAGGGCUGAGGGGCAUUGGCCAAGGGUGUCCUGCUAGCUGGCACAGUGGACCUUGGCCCUACUUAAAAAGCUCCAUUCCCUUUUCUUCCUCAACCAGUUUCUGCUUUUUAAUUUUAAAUCCAAAUCCGUUACGACACAUUCUCUAGCAGCAUUUUUUUUCCCUGGCUGGCUUGGAGUCGAGAUGUCUGUCUCCAUUAGAAGAAAAGCUGUUCCACUAGGUUGAAAAGCCCAGUGCUAAGGAGAUGCUCAGGAAGACUUUCCUGAGUGAUAGGAAGAAAAGGAUGUGGAGCCUCUUAAAAUUAACUAAAAAAAAGAAAUUUAUACUUUUUUAAAAAUGUUGGGUUUUUUUCAUAUCCUUUUUUCUGUGGAUUUUACUUUAUCCCAGGCACACUGGGUCUUACACACAGAUCUAAGGUUUUACAGAUUUGUGCAAGCUUUAAAGUUAUUCCCUCCCCUCUGCCUCCAACAGGAUGCUGCAUUAUAUAGAUACUCUACAGUCUUCACAUCUUUCUUUUCUUUUUUCUCAUGUCCUAUUUGCAUUGUUGCCUCUGGCUAUCUGGAUAAACUGGAGGCCUUUCUCACCCCAUUUCUUCACCCUAUGCUUUAAAAAAAAGUAAAGCCAGCAGGUUUUUUGUUUUAGUUUUGAUCUGUCUGGUGGGACAUGGGCAAGCGAGUGAGCUGAGCUAGAAUUCGUAGAGUACGGAGAGUUGAAAUUCAUUUACAUGUUGAGGUGGACAUAAUAAAUAUGUCUCAUUCCUACUA